AGUAGCCAUUUUGGCUCAAACCGUUUUUAUCGAGCUCCCGCAGCUCAGGCAGGCAGGCCUUCGGGGAAGCAGAUCGCCUGGUGACUCCCGGACGAAGACAGCCAGCAGAACCGUAUAAAGAUGGCGGCCGUGGAAGCGAAGUGGGAUGUGAAGCAGAUGGAGUCCGAAGACAAGGCGUGGUCGCAGCGGACCGGCCCAGAGAAGGUCCUCUUCGUGAUCAUCCAGGUGCUGAAGGUGGUGAUGGCGGUGGGGCUUCUCUACAUCUUCCUCAUCUCCCUGAGCAUGAUGGGCAACGCGUUCAAGGUCAUCGGAGGCCCCACCGCCGGGAAAGUCUUCCGGAACAACGCCAUCUUCGACAACCCGUUCGCGGGCUGCUCCCUCGGGAUCCUGGCGACGGUGCUAGUGCAGUCCUCGUCGACCAGCACCUCCAUCAUCAUCACGAUGACUGCGGCAGGCCUGAUCGAUCCCAAGAACGCCAUUUACAUGAUCAUGGGGGCGAACAUAGGCACAUCUGUCACCAAUACAAUCGUCAGCAUGUCCCACAUGGGCGACGUGGACCAGUACCGCCGAGCGUUCGCGGGCGCAACGGUGCACGACUGCUUCAAUCUUUUGACAGUGACCAUCCUGCUCCCGCUCGAGUACUUCACUCACAUGCUCUACCACAUCGGCAGCGCCCUCGUCGAGUCCGCCGGCAUCGAGGAGGACCAGGAAAAGCAGGAGAAGGUCGACUUCAUCAAGAAGCUCACGAAGCCGGUCACCUCUCGCCUGAUCUCUGUGGACAAGAAGCUGGUGACCAAGGUCGCACAGGCGGACGACCAGGAGACGCUGGACGGCCUGCUGGCACAGUCGAUCAUCCAGAACAAGCGUACCCUUGACAACCAUAUGUUCCUGGACACCCCCCUGAGCGACGAGGGGGCUGGAUGGCUGCUGCUGGUCAUCUCCCUGGUGAUGCUGUCCACCACGCUUAUCCUCCUUGUCAAGCUGCUGCAGACGAUCUUCCGGGGCCGCGCCGCGAUUUGGAUGCAGGGGCUGCUGAACCUGGAGUUCAAGACGGUGCCUUUUGUGGCCGACUACAUCCUCAUUCUCUUCGGUGUGGGCAUCACAAUCCUCAUGCAGAGCAGCAGCAUAACAACCUCGACGCUGACGCCGCUCGUCGGAAUCGGGCUCAUCAAGCUCGACAAGAUGUUCCCGUUCACCGUCGGCGCGAACGUGGGCACCACCGUCACUGGCAUGCUGUCUGCGCUGGCGGGCUCGAACGUCGCGACCGGCAUGACGGUGGCGUUUGCGCACCUGUUCUUCAACCUCAUCGGAGCGCUCAUCUGGUUCCCGAUCCCUGCCAUGCGCGCCGUGCCGCUCACCAUGGCCAGGGCACUGGGUAGCGUGGCCGCCGACCUGCGCUGGUUUCCAGUCGCCUACAUCUUCGUCGUCUUCGGGAUCAUUCCGGGCCUGCUCCUGGGGCUGUCCCUGAUGCACUGGGCGGCGCUCGUGUUCGUGGGCCUUCCGAUCCUGCUCCUGCUGAUCGCUGGCUCUUGCGUCUUCGGCAUGCGCGCCUACCACCCGGAGCGGCUGCCUGCGGUGCUCAAGAAGGACUUCUCGUUCAUGCCGCCCAGCAUGAAGAUGGCCACCGCGGACGGCGAGGGUCGGUCCGCCGCGGUGGAGGAGUCAAACAUCGGCAGCACCGACAUCGGUGGCGCGAGGCAGUGGUGGCUGGCGCCCUGUGCCUACGGGCUCGGCUGGUACUCGAUCCUGGUAAUGCUGAUGGCGGUGCCGAACGCCAAGUGGUCCGACAUGAAGUACGCGUCAUUCGACGCCCGGGACCACGUCGGCAUCGGCGCCUGGAGCGCGUGCUCCGCCAUGUUUGCUGAGGAGGUGGGCUGGGCCCCGAGCCCUCUGACGGGCGAGGCCCUCGAUGCGCACCUCGAGACGUGCAUGGCUGACCUCAGCUCCGCCUGCGCCGACCAGAGUGACUUCUCCACCGUCCUGGGCGCCAACACCGUCUACGAGGAGUCGUGGCAGGGGUGCACGGACGCCACGACGGGGGACUGGCUGAGUGAGUGCGAGGCGCUGACUGGGUGUGGCGACCUGCAUGCGACGCAGUGCGCCAACGUGUCCACCGCGGUCACCCGAACGUACACCAUCGACUACAGCCAGUCUGGCACCAAGUGGGCCGCGGCCCCAGCGUCGUCCUGCAGCGCGGACGCCUUGCCGAAGGCCUGUUGCAUCCCGCUCGGCGACCUCUGCACGGACGUCGGCGGCCUGACGGCCGCGGGCGGCCUUAGCGUGGCCGGGAUCGUCUUCUCCCUUUUGGGGAUGGCGGCGAUGCUCGCGUACCUCGCUAGGGGGGACAAGCGGGACAUGCGCAAGGCACUUUGGGGCACCGCCGCCGCCUUCGGCGUGGCUUGGGUCCUCCUGCUCGCUGCGUGGACCAUCGGUCUGAGCGCGCUGGGGCAGGAGACGACGUGCUGGGUCCAGGACGACCAGAACGACGGCAUCGUGGCGGCCAAGGGCAAGCUCGGGGACAUCGGGAACGGCGUCGGCUACGGGCUCGGCUACAUCAUCGGGGGCUGGGCCCUGCUCAACCCGAUCCUCGCGAUCACUGCGCUCCGCGUCGUGGCCGACGUGAAGGCCGGUCCACCGCAGAAGGAGGAGGCGACCGAGGACGAUGCGGCCAAGGUCUCGACCAUCUGAGCACAUGACUGCGCGGAUGAUCCGUCGCGCGAUCCUCCCUCCACCGGCACGCGCCUCUUCUCUCUGGGGGAGUUGCCCUGCGUCCCCCCCCCAUGUCAUACGCCCUGCCUGCUGGGUCAGGGUUUUUUGAUAUCCGCAGGAUGUCUCAACACGUGCUGUCUUUCAAAUUCUCGAACUCUGCCGUAGCAUGCGGCCCCCUCGCGCUGCCACCCCCCCGGACACCACCGCGGGGAGGCGCGCGCGGCGGGCCGGGUCCUCGCGGGCCACUCUGUUGCACCCGCGGCGCGACGGCGUCUCUCGCAGCCGCCCAGGCUGGAGGGUGGUGUGUGUGUGGGGGGGGAGGUGGAGUUGGAGGGCUGUGAGGGUUUGGCCCCCGCCCACCGCUGGCCACGAGCCCGGAUCCUGGUGCGGAGCGGCCCUCGUACAAUAAGACGAUCGCUCUCCACUUGAGGCAAUGCAGUGGCAAUACGACAAUACAAUGUACACUACGACAAUCGCUUGUACAAUACGACAAUACAAUGGCGUCGUAGUGAUGCCGGAGGCUUGGCUUGGUGCCGCACCCUCGCACCGUGGCCGAAGAGCCAUGUCUCUCCAGCGCAAUUGUUUCAGUGUCGUGUUUGCGCUCGCCGUGUGCCCAAAGCGGUUGCGAUUCGCAAUGACCGAGCAAAUCAGGUAUCGCGGCUUGGCCUAUUUGCGUGCCCUGAAGCGCGCUUGUACAGUGAUCUGCCCUUCCAGGGCGCUGUUCUGUCUCUCGCGCGUGAGCGCGCAGCUGCAGCGCGUCGCCGCACCCUCACACCGCGGCGGCGGGGGCUGCGCCCUGCUCGGAGGGGACGCCGUGGGGACCGCUGCGCGGGCUCGCCGUGGGGCAUGAUCAACAUC